CAGAUGGAGUCUGAACCAGACCGGCCAGCUUUAUCAGCUCCAUCCGCAGAGGAUGAGCUCAGCAGGGUACGGUGCAGCUUUGUUUGGAGGGUUUCAAAAGAAAUCCUCACACAGCUCCUGGAGGCUCUGGUAACGGACCGUGUCCUGAAUGAUCUGGAGAAAGCAUCAAUAGUGGAGGGGAACUCGGUCACAGCAGAUAAGGCUCGUGACUUGAUUGACACAGUAAAGAAAAAAGGAGGAACUGCCUCCAGGAUAAUGAUCAGACAUCUUCAGACCAUAGAUCCGACUCUCUCCUCUGAGCUGCAUUUGUCCUUUGAGCCAUCUGCGCAGCCAGAGACUCUUCAGGCCUGUCACCUCAAACUCAAGUCAAACCUGAAACAGAAGUUCCAGUGUGUGUUUGAGGGGAUCCCUAAAGCAGGAAACCCAACCCUUCUGAAUGAGAUCUACACAGAGCUCUACAUCACAGAGGGAGGGACUGCAGAGGUCAAUGAUGAACAUGAGGUCAGACAGAUUGAAACAGCAUCCAGGAAACCAGACAGACCAGAAACAACCAUCAGACAAGAAGACAUCUUUAAACUCCCACCUGGAAGAAAAGCACCAGUAAGAACAGUGCUGACGAUGGGAGUGGCUGGCAUUGGGAAAACUGUCCUAACACAGAAGUUCACUUUGGACUGGGCUGAAGGCAAAGCCAACCAGGACAUCCAGUUCAUGUUUCCAUUCACUUUCAGAGAGCUGAAUCUGCUGAAAGAGGAAAGGUUCAGCUUGGUGGAACUUGUUCAUCACUGCUUUACUGAAACCAAAGAAGCAGGAAUCUGCAGCUUUGAAGACUUCCAGGUUGUGUUCAUCUUUGAUGGUCUGGAUGAGUGCCGACCUCCUCUGGACUUCAACAAAACUACAAUCCUAACUGAUGUUACUGAGUCCACCUCAGUGAAUGUGCUGCUGAUAAACCUCAUCAGGGGGAAACUGCUUCCCUCUGCUCGCCUCUGGAUAACCACACGACCUGCAGCAGCCAAUCAGAUCCCUCCUGACUGUGUUAGCAUGGUGACAGAGGUCAGAGGGUUCUCUGACCCACAGAAGGAGGAGUACUUCAGGAAGAGAUUCAGAGAUGAGGAGCAGGCCAGCAGGAUCAUCUCCCACAUCAAGACAUCACGAAGCCUCCACAUCAUGUGCCACAUCCCAGUCUUCUGCUGGAUCACUGCUACAGUUCUGGAGUUUGUCAUGAAGAACAAAGAGAGUGAAGAUCUGCCUAAGACUCUCACAGAGCUCUACCUGCGCCUUGUGCUAUUUCACCUAAAAACAAAGAACAUCAAGUGUGAUAAAGCCACAGAUCCACACUGGAGUCCAGAGAGCAGGAAGAUGAUUGAGUCUCUGGGAAAACUGGCUUUUGAUCAGCUGCAGAAAGGAAACCUGAUCUUCUAUGAAUCAGACCUGACAGAGUGUGGCAUCGAUAUCAGAGCAGCCUCAGUGCAUUCAGGAGUGUUCACACAGAUCUUUACAGCUGAUGAGUAUGACAUGUUUUCAGAAACGGUCUACUGCUUUGUUCAUCUGAGUGUUCAGGAGUUUCUGGCUGCAGUCUACAUGUUCCACUGUUUCACCAACAGGAAGAUAGAGGUGCUGGAAGAGUUCCUGGGAAAAGACUGGGAACAUAAAACAGAGUGUGUGUUUCUCAAGAGAGUCAUGGAGAAAUCCCUCCAAAGUAAAAAUGGCCACCUGGACCUGUUUGUUCGUUUCCUUCAUGGCCUCUGUCUGGAGUCCAACCAGAGACUCUUAGGAGGUCUGCUGGGUCAGACAGAGAUCAGUCCAGAAACCAUCCAGAGAGUCAUCAAGAGUCUGAAGAAGAUGAACAGUGAUAAAAUCUCUCCUGACAGAAGCAUCAACAUCUUCCACUGUCUGAUGGAGAUGAACGACCUCUCAGUGUAUCAGGAGAUCCAAGAGUUCCUCAAAUCAGAGAACAGAUCAGAGAAACUCUCUGAGAUCCACUGCUCAGCUCUGGCCUUCAUGCUGCAGAUGUCAGAGGAGGUUCUGGAUGAGUUGGACCUAAAGAAGUACAACACAUCGGUGGAUGGACAACGCAGAUUAAUUCCAGCUGUGAGGAACUGCAGAAAGGCUCGGUUAAGGUGGUGUGGACUGUCAGAGUCUCACUUUCAAUGUGUGACCUCAGCUCUGAAGUCCAACACCUCCAGCCUGAUUCAGCUGGACCUGAGUGGAAAUAUCCUGGAUGGUUCAGGACUGAAGCUUCUGUGUGCUGGACUGAAGAGUCCAAACUGUAAACUGGAGGCUCUGAGAUUGGAGCUCUGUGGUUUGUCCGAGAUCAGCUCUUUGGUCUCAGCUCUGAAAUCCAACCCCUCCCAUCUGAAACAUCUGGACCUGACCGGAAAUGAGCUGCAGGACUCAGGAGUGAAGCAGCUGUGCAGUUUUCUGGAGAGUCCACAUUGUACACUGGAGUAUCUGAGUUUAGAAGACUGUACAUUGUCAGAAAUCAGCUGUCUGGUCUCAGCACUGAAGUCCAACCCCUCCCAUCUAAAACAUCUGGACCUGAGCCGCAACAAGCUGCACAAUUCAGGAGUGAAUGCGGUGUGUGGUUUUCUGGAGAAUCCACAAUGUGGACUUAAAACUUUGAGAUUUGAUUACUGUGGUUUGUCAGACAUCAGCUCUUUGGUCUCAGCACUGAAGUCCAAACCCAGUCACCUGAGAGAGCUGGACCUGAGUAGCAACGACCUGCAGGAUUCAGGAGUGAAGCAGCUGUGUGGUUUUCUGGAGAGUCCAGGAUGUGGACUUGAAACUCUGAGAUUGUUGAGCUGUGGUUUGUCAAAGAUCAGCUGUGAUUAUCUGGCAGCAGCUCUGAAGUCCAACCCUUCCCAUCUGAGAGAGCUGGACCUGUGCUACAAUGACCUGCAGACUCCAGAUCUGUCUGAGCUGGUUGAUCUUCAGGAGAUUCUAGACUACAGACUGGAGACUCUGGAGUGGGGGUAUCCAUAGACUGGCUCACUGAGAGAGGAUGAGCUGUGUCCUGAUGAUCCAGAGAGGUUGAAACAGCAGCAGCUUGUGUUUAGAGCCCUGUAAUAGUGAUUGUCCUGACAUGGACCCUGUCUCUCACCACUGCUCCAGCCCCAAACACUGAACUAGUG